UCAUUGGCGUGUUUUAAAGUUGCGGCAGCAGCAGCUUGAGCCUUACGGGGAAGCUAAACCGCGAACAGGGCAGUCAAAGAGCCGCCACGCGCUUCACCAGAACUUCGCGACUCUUGCGUUUUUUGAGUUUAUGGACUCCCCUCACCAUCGCCAAACUUCUAUUAACCUUGCGCCACGGGGAGAUAUUGCCAAUUGAAACGCCUCGUAAAGGGGAUACGCCCCAAACUGUACUCUCCUCCAUGCGAGAGAACUUUCAAGCCAACACAAAUGACACUAGACUUUAGACGACUACUUAAUCCUGAUGUAUUCUCCGGCUCGAUAAGGCAGGAUGGGAAGGCUCACGACGCUCUCCCAACUUGAAGGACAGCAAAUCCCGAAAAACGAUACACGAUGGAGAACGUACCUCCAACCCAGCCACAGAGCCAAAAUGGAUCUUCGCCGGAUAUAGCAAUAGGGGGGCGCAAGAGGAGCGGCUCUGGGGGUAGCAUCCUUUCAAAGUUCCCCUUUCUGCGCACCUCCGAGAGCAAGUCGAGCCUCAACGAAUCGCGACACGCCGGCACCCACCUAGAUCCUCCCAGCAAACCUCCCCGCGCUCUCGCCGCCGCCAUUUCCCAACAGCAGAAGACCCGAAAGCGUAAGGGGUCUCUUCGGAAAGUCGCACUUUUGGGUCGCGGCGCCGCGCGAGAGAGGCGGGAGCUGAAGCCUUUAGCUAUUGAUACGUCGGUGGCCACACAACCAGCCGCCGAGCCGGGAAACACGCUUAAGCCGCAACCUAUGGUGGCGAGCGAGGGCCUCGGCUUAGGGAUCUCAGAUCUGACGCCGCGCCCUUCUAUGGAUGGCUAUUCUAGGAGAGACACCGUCCCGAUAGCCUCUCCGUCACCUAUCGAACUCGACUCGCAGGUAACGAGCCCUACGAUAUCAUAUACCUCUACAACAGACGAGGAGGAUAUACUUUCACUACCAGUCCGCGUCCCGUCGCCCCUAAACCCGGACCUCUCUUCCUUAUCCUCUGGCUCCGAUUCCUACUUCCCGAACCGCGCGCCAAGCACUUCUAUCCAGCGGCGGCGGUCAGUUAAACAUGCUAAAUCACCACUGUCCCUACAAGGGCUGACAGCCAGCCCGCUUCCCGCCGCGCACGAGGAUCACGACUAUAGCGAGACGGAGUGGUGGGGAUGGGUAGUGCUAACCGUGACGUGGUUUGUCUUUAUAAUAGGCAUGGGCUCAUGCCUGAACGUCUGGACCUGGGCCUGGGAUGUAGGGACGACCCCGUACGCGCCCCCGGAGCUGGAAGACGACCCCACGCUGCCGAUAGUCGGGUACUACCCGGCGUUACUUAUUUUAACAUGCAUCAUGGCUUGGGUCUGGGUUGUUGUCGCGUGGGUCGGUAUGAAGUACUUUAGACAUGCAAAAAUGAGCGGCGAUUGAGCCUCGGAGCGACGCGACCUAGUGUAACUUACGAACUAAUCACUUGUUAUGAUACCUAAUGAAUUAAACAAAUUUUAGACAA